AUGAGUGGAAAGGGGCGGGGACGGCCGAAGAAGGCCUCGCUACCUCCGACGAACCAUGGCAAAACAUCAUCUCCGGCGGAACCAGGGACAAGAAGCAACAAUUCAGGGACUAAGGCGCAGAGCGACACGGAGAAGAAGGUAACUCAGGCUAGCUCGAGUCAGAUUCAGAACAAUACACCCACUGCUGCAGAGGCGAAAGGGUCAGGGGAACCUUUGAGCCCGAAGAAGCUCUGGGUUGAUGUGAUAAGUGGAAAUAGGAAUCCCACUAACGGAUUGCAGAUGGAAUUUGUGGCUCCUAAGGUGGUUAAUGGGGAGAUUGAGGUAGAGAUUGAAGAGGAUGAUAUUGCUUCGGAAAUUAGAUACUGGGAUACUGCCCUAAUUAUGUAUGUUCUUGGGGGAGAUUUGAGUAUGAACACAGUGAAGCAGUUCAUGAUAAGGAAUUGGAACUUUGCAAAGCUGCCAGACAUGUUCUUCAAUGAUGAGGGUUACUUUAUCUUGAGGUUUCCUUCCAUGGAUGACAAAGAUCUGGUUCUAACGAAGGGUCCAUACACUAUCCACAAUAUGCCAAUGUUAUUGACUGACUGGAAACCAAAUUUUGAUUUGAAGAAGGAUAUGCUUCGCACGAUUCCGAUUUGGGUGACGCUUCCCCAUUUACCUCUCCACCUGUGGGGGCAACGAAGUUUGAGUAAGAUUGGAAGUGCAUUAGGUACUCCACUUGUUACAGAUGAGUGCACAGCCAACAAGUUGAGAGUCUCAUACGCGCGUAUUCUCGUGGAGAUGGAUAUCACUAAACCUCCGAUUACUGAAAUCAGUAUCAGGGAUGCGGAAGGAAACAAGAGGAAGCAGAUUGUGGAGUAUGAUUGGCGGCCAAAUUAUUGUGAUAAGUGUCAGAGAAUUGGUCACAAUUGUCUCGAUCCUAUAGUCAAGAAACCUGUCAAACAAUGGAAGGCCAAACCUAUACAAGCUGCAGUAGUGGAAGGGAAGAUCACUGAGGUAACCCCACCAGUAGUGCUUCAGUCUACUGACAACGUGGAGGAAGCCUGGACAACUAUUGAAAGACAAAGGAAGGGGAAAGCAAUUCUUAGUGAAGAGGUUGUUCAAAUCAGACAAGAUAACUCAUUUGACCCGCUAACUCUAGUGACUGAAGGGCCUGAUAUUUUAGUUCUUGUAGAAACUAGAGUAAAAAGGAAUAAUGCGUGUGGUAUCCGGAAUAAGUUGAGAGUUCAUGAUUCUUAUGUGGACAAUUAUGAUAACCACUAUAAUGGUCGUAUUUGGCUUAGCUGGGAUAGUAGAAAGUAUGAUAUUAAGAAGGUGAGAACUACAGAUCAAUUACUACAUUGUGGGGUGUAUGAUAGCAGCGGGGUGUUCGUAUAUUGGCUCACUGCAAUAUACGCUUUAAAUCAUCUUGAUAAGAGGAAACUGCUGUGGUGUGAUAUUGCUGGGAUUCAUGUUAAUCAGACUGGACCCUGGUGCUUGAUUGGAGAUUUUAACAAUGUGAUCAAAGCACAAGACAGAGUUGGAGGCAGACUUGUGAGUGUUGCUGAAAUCAGAGAUCUGAAAGAGAUGAUGGAUAACACUGGUUUGGCAAAGCUUGAUAGUGUGGGGGAGUAUUACACAUGGUCCAAUAAACAUGUGGAUGGGAUUAUAUAUUCCAGAAUUGACCAUUUGCUAGGGAAUAUUGACUGGCUCACAGCUUAUCAGGAUUGGAUCCUUGCUGUUCAUGAACCUCAGGUUUCAGACCAUGGCCUUUUGUGCCUUAGUAGACAGGAUCAUGUGAGGAGGAAAAACUUGCAAUUUAAAUUCAGGAACAAUGUGAUUCAUCUGAAGGGGUUCCAUCAGAUUGUUCUUCAGAGCUGGCAGCAACAGAGCUCAGGAAAUCCCAUGUAUAUCCUUUGGUACAAACUGUUAGGAGUAAAUUAA